CUAGAACUCACCAACAAAAUGAUUGAGCUGCUGACUGGAGAGGUUCCUAUAAGGUGUCAGGAUGUCACCAUCUUUUUCUCCAUGGAGGAGUGGGAGUAUUUAGAAGGACACAAAGAUCUGUACAAGCACAUCAUGAUGGAUGAUUACCGGCCUCUCAUAUCACCAGUUAAGGAAGAGAUAAGAACACCGGAGAGAUGUCCCAGUCCUCUUCUUCCACAGGAUAAUUCAGAUGAACAUCACUAUGUCCCACAGGAUAUUCAGGAAGCUGGAUAUAAGGGCAUCAUGAUGGAGGAUCACCGGCACCUCACAUCACCAGUUAAGGAAGAGAGAAGAACACCGGAGAGAUGUCCCAGUCCUCUUCUUCCACGGGAUGGUUCAGAAGAACAUCACAAUGUCCCACAGGAUGAUCAGGGAUCAGCAACCUUCGGCACUCCAGCUACUGUGAAACUACAAAAUGCAAACGUGCUCGGCUGUUCUUCUAACUCCCACAGAAGUGAAUGAAGCAUUCUGGGAGUUGUAGUUUCUGAUCCCUGUACUAUAAACAGCAAUAAGCAGGGUGUUCUAGUAGUAAAAGCUUGUGAAUCCGGGUGAAGAUCUGAAC